AUGCGCAUCCUAGCCUCUCUGCUGCCGCUAUUACUCUCCGCAAUCUCUCACACCGCAUCUACUAAUGCUAGAGAAGGGACUACAGCACGCACACCUAUCUCAUUUGAACUGCAUACCGAAUAUACACCUCGUUUGGAGGAUGGCGACGUCCGCGAACUCAGCGAAGUUGCUUUCGAGAUCUCCACUGGAAGCAGUCAACGCCCUUCGAGUACGGUGAUAUUAUUGCAGGCCACGCCGACUACUGUUCAUCGUCCUAGGAACGCCGCUGCGUUUCAGCAUGCCCGCGUCCGGUCGUCACGAUUCCAAGAGAGCGAACCGGUCGAGUGGGAAGAGGUCCAAGUCCUCGCUCCAGACGUAGAGGACAAGCACACCCUCUCACAGCUUGCUCGUAUGACAGGCAACGCAUACGCGCUCCCGGGACGACCGAAUUGGUACGAUAUCGAUCCCGCAUGGAACACGAGCUUUCCCUUUGGCUGGGAAGAUAAGGCGGACGGCUUCCGCGGCCACGUCUUCCUUUCCCCAGACAAUGCCACGGUCGUGCUUUCGAUCAAAGGCACGACCCUCCAAGGCCCCUCUUCGAAGAAGGACAAGUUCAAUGACAACCUGCUCUUCUCAUGCUGCUGCGCGCGCGUGGACAUCACCUGGAUAUUCCACCAAGUGUGCGACUGCUAUGCUAAGCACUGGCGAUGUGACAAUACUUGCCUAACCGAUGCGCUCGUCCAAGACAGCUUGUUCUACAAUAUCGGCGUGGGUCUCGUCAAUAACUUGACCGCACUGUACCCUAAUGCAGAUAUAUGGCUUGUGGGACAUUCGCUCGGCGGGUCACUUGCGUCCCUACUGGGGGCAACCUUCGGCCUCCCAGCCGUAGCGUUCGAGGCACCUGGCGAGCGUCUCGCAGCUCAACGUCUCCACCUACCAUUCCCCCCUCCAACGAAGAACAGUACAUCCCCGUCACCACCAGCCUACGGGCGCGCCCCCGUCACCCACGUCUACCACAACGCCGACCCCAUCCCGCAAGGCGUGUGCACGGGUGCGGGUUCGCCUUGCGCUCAGGCAGGAUAUGCCCUCGAGACGAGGUGUCACCUGGGCAGAUCGAUCGUGUAUGACACAGUGGGUAAGCUCGGCUGGCGGGUCGAUAUUCGGAAGCAUGUGAUCAAGGAGGUCAUCACGCAUGUCAUUGAGGCGGAGCCUGAGGGGGGUUGGGAUGACGAUAACGAGGUUCCUGUCGCGAAGGCGGAAGACGAGUGUUUAGAUUGCUUCAAGUGGGAAUUCGGAGAGUUCAAAGAUAGGGAUGGUGACGAUGACUGA